AAAGCAGAGUCUUAAGAAGACAGUGUUGUUUCGUUAAUUUGGACAAAGCGUGCACGGGGUAUUCUUUGAUGCAAAAUAAAGAAUGUGGCGUGUAAAGCCUACCAAAAAUGAAUACAUUGAAAUUGAUGGAACUGGAUUCGACAAUCCAAAUGGCGGUAAUACGAUUUACCCAAAGACGCAAAGUGAGUUCGAAAUCAUACCCGACGACGCAGAAGAAGGCGACCAAGAUGUAUUUGAUGACAAUAUUCCACCUAUAACUGUUCAAACGCCCGUCGUAUUUCGCGGAAGUGCUUCAAAGAAACGAGCCUAUUACUGUUGCGUAAAGUUUGAUGAAGAUGAGAGUAGAUUGCACAGAAUGAUGAUACAUAGCUGGCAGUUUGACAAGGGAACCGAAUUAUUGAUAUCAGUUGUUGGAGAAAAAGAAAAGCUUAAUAUUUCUGAGAAUGUGUCAAGGUCUUUAAAACACGGAUUACAAGAGAUUACUUCAAAGACGAAAACCUUGAUUGUCACAGGAGGUUGGGAUAGUGGCAUUAUGAAAUUUGUUGGCAAAGCAGUAGGAGGAAGGCCUACGAAAGUUAAACUUUUAGGUGUGGUUGAAUGGAAGAGGGUUAGUGGUAGAAAAUCAUCUUUAAUCAAACCAAGCUGGGCGUCGUAUAGUGUGUACCCACCACCAGAUAAUGUAAUAAAACCAGGAGAGAUUUUACUAGAUUCAAAUCAUACACAUUUCGUGUUAGUGGGUGAUGGUUCACGUAAAACAACACAAGAAGUAGUUAAAAAUCAGGAAGUCAGAUACCGAGCAAAAUUAGAAAAAUACGUGCAGCAAAAAUUGGAUACAAAUGUUGUUCAAAUUGUUGUCGGCGGCGAUGCUACGACAAUUGAGCAAAUCACUGCCUGUUUAAAUGGUUCAAAUGAAUCGAUUAUACCCGUGGUAAUCGUUAACGAUAGUGGUGCGGCAGCCAAUCUUAUUUCAUUGGCUUAUUCACUACAAAUAACAGGUGUUCAUUCAUAUCACCUUACAGCAGUCAAAGACGAAGUAGUUUUAUUCAAUAAAAUUGAAUCUCAUUUUCCUGAACAAAACAAGUCCCAAAGAAUGAAGACUUACCAAAACAUUCUUUCAUGUAUGCAGAUGAGGCAGUAUAUAACAAUAUGCAAUGCCGAAACCAAAGAAGAUUUAGAGGAAGCCAUUCUUCGAGCAUUGAUGACUGUUAACAAGCGCGAUGAAGAGGGUAAAACCGAGCUAACAGUUUCACAGCUAAAUCUAGCAUUGCAUUGGAAUCUACGUGAUAUAGCUGGACAGUUUAUACCACCCAUAAAAGCCACUGGUGAUAACUUAAUGAAAGAAUCCAUGUAUAACGCAUUGUUGGAAGGAAAUCGCGAUUUUGUCGAAUUGCUCUUACUGAACGGAUUUGAUAUGGAAUCAUUUCUUACUUAUGGGGUGUUAGAGAAACUGUACGUGAAGACGCUCGGAGAAAACGACAAACUUGCUCAAUUUCUGAUCAAAACAACAAGCAAAGGAAUCUACAAAAUGAUGAAAAAUGGAGACACUGAUUACCUAAAAUUGCCUCAUAUUAAAAAAGGAUUGGUUUAUUUGCUCGACAUGGAUGUAAUGCCACACUAUAAAGAAUACAAACUCAAUGAAAAAUUUAUGUACCCAUUCAACGACCUAUUUAUUUGGGCAGUUGUAUCAAAUUUAAAUGAUCUAGCCCUGUUUUUAUGGGAACAUGACGAUGAAGCAAUUGCAAAAGCCCUUGUAGCCAGAAAGAUUACCAUGGAAUUAGCUUUAUGCUAUCAGAACAAACAAGAUGCAAGUUACGACGCAGUAAAAAGGACAAUAGAGAACAGUGCAAGGAUUUUUGGUGAAAGAGCUGUUGGAGUACUGCAGGAGUGUUACAAAAGUGAUCAUGCACUAACGGAAUCCCUUCUCAAAACAGAAUUUCAACGUUGGGGAAGUGAAAAUUGCAUGAAUUUAGCAGUAGCAUGUAAAUUGGAUGAGUUUAUUGGUCAUAUUAGUUGCCAGAAGAUAAUUUACAAGAAAUGGAAAAGCGGACUCGCAUUUUAUGGAAAGUAUGAAGCAAUACAGGUGAUGCUUGGUAUUGUCUCUGCACCAGUUGCAUGGUACUAUAUGAAGCAGUUAGACUCAAGAAAAAGCAGCGAAUCUAAAAGCAAUCAGCAUGAAGAAGAAGAUAAUCAGAAAUCACGUUUUCCAAAAUUGGCAAACUUUGCUAGGUUUUAUACACUACCUGUGACAAAAUAUUGGAUAAACUUUAUGUUUCAUCUUGCGUUCCUGUUCUUGUUUGCCAGUGUUGCUUUACAGAAACUUGCAAACAAGCCUACUUCGACUGAAUGGAUUCUGUUCACCUAUGUUUUAUCGUGCACAAUGGAUGAGAUUCGUCAGAUUUGGGAAUCAAGCAAAAACAAAACAUGUCUGGGAAAGUUAAGGCUUUGGUGGUCCUCUAUUUGGAACAAAUUAGAUUCCAUUUGCAUUCCGUUGUUUUUUGUUGCAAUUGGGUUGCGCAUGUCUGGCGCACCCAAAGUAGCUCGCAUUGGACAAGUAGUAUAUGCGUUAGACCUAAUGUUAUGGGUUGUGCGCCUGUUGGAUGUUUUCACCGUUAGUAAACGUUUGGGUCCAUAUGUGGUAAUGAUACAUAGAAUGUUGGGCGAUCUUUUUAAUUUCUUGGCCAUCAUCUCUAUUUUCAUGUUGGCUUAUGGUAUUGGCAGGUACAGUGUUUUGAUGCCAUAUGAUGAAAUAUCAUGGAAGACCAUUCGAUAUCUUGUCACCAUGCCUUAUUUUGGCAUGUAUAACAAUAUGUUUAUGACAAUCCCACCAAAAGCAAACCAAACAAUUUUUAGUACACCAUACACAGAGGACAGCGAAUUUGAAGAACCUAUUGUAAUCGUUAUAUUGGGUAUUUUCCUCAUCUUUACCAGUGUCAUGCUUGUUAGCAUACUUGUAGCCAUUUUUAAUAACACUUACCGAGAGGUACAGAUCAGAUCAGAACGUGUUUGGAAGGCUCAGUGGUACUACUUAGUGGAAACAUAUGACAAGAGACCACCUUUGCCUCCACCGUUUAUUAUGAUCUGGCAUGCAAUCAGUCUAAUUCAAUUUUUGGUGAAUUUACGUUACAAAACACGACCUCCUGAGUAUCAGGAGCAAUAUAAAAGUGAGGAAUUGUUUGAGAUUAUGAAGAUGGAGGAGGAUAGUAUGAAUACAUACAUUGAGAAUGUUGAAAAAGGUGUACAUGACUCGCCAGAUGAGAAACUGGAAUACUUAAAAGAAAAGUGCAACAGACUAGAGGAAAUGGUUGAAAAAAGUCAAAGCAAGAUUGACAGUUUGACAGAUAGAAUAUUAAAAAAAGCACAAAAAGCUAAAAUUAGAUUGCAACGUAUGCAGAGCAUAAAUACUGAAACGAAAGUUGUAGAAAGAGAAAAAGAUGAAGAAGAUAGCAGUGAAAAGAAAUGGAAUGCAGCCACCACAGAAAUUGUGCUUCAUCAAGAUGACAAGCAAGCGAAGCAACGCUCCAAUGUUUAUCCCCUGUCUCAGAUAAAGCGAUUUGUUGUGGGCGAGGAAUUCCUAUCGUGGAAGAUAGUAUAUCCAGAUUAUGAUCCUGUAGAAUACACGGCUUUGAAUGUAUUGGCUGGUUGCUCACUAAGUGUUGACGAAGAGUAUAACCCAAGAAAGCCUCCAAAAUUUAACGAACUAGACGAGGCUUGUGAUCGACGAAGUUAUAAAGGACCUUAUGAGUUGGAUCCAAUGAUUGGGUUGCCAUUAAACCCUUCAGGACGAACAGGAAUUAAAGGAAGAGGUAUGUUAAGACGGUAUGGUCCUAAUCAUAUCACUGAAGCAAUAUUUACAAGAUUUAGGGAAUUGAACCAGUCCACAAAACAUCAGCUGCUUGAAGUUUUGGUCCUUGAGGAAAGCCAAAGAGAAUAUUAUUUACCAUCGGAUGAAGUUAAACUCGGUAUCAAUCCUGAAGACAAUCUUCCAAAUUCUCUAAAGUCGAUUUUCAACAUUUCAACAUUAAAACAGCUCAAGUUAAGUGACAGUGCUAUUUCAACAUCAAUGGAAGCACUGAGAGGUGUUAUAGUCAACAGACACGUGAUAUAUGAAGGAUUUCUUGAUGAUGAAAGAAAUACUGAUAAUGCAUGGAUCGAAACUGCGGUGUACAACUAUCACCUGGCUCCUGAAGAAUUGUCAAUUGGGAAGUUCUUUUUGAACGAAAAUAAACUGAAGGAAUCGAAAUUGAAGUGGAUGAAACUUACUGAAAACACACCAUUAUUAGAACACGACAAGUUGUGGUAUCUCAAGGAAGUAGCGAAACAGCAUGGUGGAUUUUUUAGUGAACGUAAAUAAAGCGUAGUGUAGCAUGUUAUGAAUUAAAACUAUCAAAAUUUUGAGAUCACUGGUAGAAUACCAGUGAAAGUGAAACGCAUGAAGUAUUUCAUUACUUUUUAACCCAUGGAGGCGUUUUAUCCAACCAUACGGUCAGACGAAUACAAAGCAGGGGUCAGAUCAAAGUAUAUGUUGCCUAAUUUGACGAAUCCAUUGCUUCUUUAGUUUGUUUUGUUAACGACUUAAAAUUGAUCCACAUAUUCUAUCGUUUCACGAAGCGAAUUGUGAAUGGCGAAUUCGGCGGCGAAUUAGCUGUGAAAUAUCUUUUAGACUUCCACGUGAAACAAAAAGCAUGUGGCGAAUUUAAAAUUCUAAAUGUAAGUACUCUGAGUAUUAAAAUAAGGCAGUUAUUUUGAAUUCUUACCAGUAAUGAGCUUUCCUAAGAAUAAACGCUAUUAGAAAAUCCCCCGACUGUGUGCCAGCAAAAGUACAAUCACUCUUGACUACCAACCAUAUCACAAUGAAGGAGAAAUUGUGUCUACUUUACGACAAAGCGAAUUUUUGAAAGCAAAAUGAAAACAAACAAAAUUGCACAUGCUCAGAUACCUUUCGCCGGUAAAUUCACUGUCCAAUUUGCUUCGUGCAAAUCUUCUUAAGGUGUGGGAUUUUAUAAAAAAUUGUAGAGAAUUUUUUUUUUUAUGAUGUUCAGUAUAAUAAUAGAAAUAUAUUUUGUUUAGUUUAAGUGUUAUCAUUAUGAUAAUGAUUUUCAAAUUUAUAAUUUGUUAGAAUUAGUAGUAGCAUAUUUUUUGAAAUAUAACCAAUGAGCAAUGUUUCUUAGAAUUUUAAAAUUGAUGUUUUAGUUCGAAUUCUGCAAGGAAAAUGACCGUUUUUUCACUAGUAUUUAAUAUUCACGAUCAGCAUCAAGUGGACAAUACUACGAAGAAAUUUCCAGAUUUCUUAACAAAUAGGGUAACUAGAUUACGUUUGGAAUUUACUUGACGCGAUUAAUCUUAUUUCACCACGAUAGUAUCAUCCACUUCGAGAACUGAAUCGAACACAAAAUUUAAAAAUGUUAUUGUCGACGUUACGCAAGUUUGGUAUUUUAUCCCAACUAGUCGGUGGCCCGUAGA